UUCUUGUACAAUGGUGACAAUAAAUGCGACAAGUGCGUGUAAGUCGUUUUGAGUCUGAUCGUUUUGAUAUAUUUAUUAUUUUUACAGUCGCUGUCCUUACUUCAUGUCACGAAAACAAAGGAAAAACGCUGACAUUGUAUUCAUGCCGUACAAUUAUUAAUUGUUGCAAAGGUAUUUGACUCAACUCUUCGAUUUGACUGCUUUUAAAGCCGAUUUCCCCCGGAAAAAAAGCCACAAUUGGUACAGACCUGUAGAUAGGUUCCUAAAGCUAAAAAUAUGAAAUCUGAGCAAAAGGUUUCUUGAGUAAGUUCAAUUAACCCGGCGAAUGUUUUAAAACAGAACUUCUUCCUUGCACACAUUCUGAAGAUACAUUAUAAUUUUGAAUUAAACAACUCGUGGCGUAAUGUAAAACGACGAACAGGACUGUAAAUCUGAUGUUCGGCUAAAAUGGCUCAAGAUAAAUCGCCUUUGAGGAAAGAAUCACUACGUAUGUUAUAGGCACUUUUCGAACGCUCUGGUGUAAAUGAGAGUCAACGAGGCUUAAGAAAUCGUUGUACAUUACCACAAGAUUGUAGAUUGCAUACUUCAGCAUAAAUAUGUGCUUACAUAAAAUAAUUAUAUGUACUUAUUUAUACUAUAGCAUUUUCCAUAUUACGAGGAAAUAGCGAACGCUGACUGAAUGUCUCGCUUGCUCACCAAAACUCACGGGCGCAAAAGUAUUAAUUAUCUACGUCAACAAAGGACCGCUCACUUGUCGAAAUUUUUCGAGAGGUUCACAUUUCGCAAAGUUAGUUCAUUGCAAAUUGUUUUCAAAGGCGUUGUUAUAUUGCUGUUCAAUAUUCUACAUUGAAAUUAUCGAGAAAAUAUGAAUAUCAAUUCUAAUGAUUCUCGCAUCUCCUAUAAGGAGGAAUCAGUAUUUUCUUUUGAAGAAGAAACGUUUGAGACAUCUCUGAGGAAUAUGAAUUCUAAUGAUUCUCGGAUCUCCUAUAAGGAGGAAUCAGUAUUUUCGUUUGAAGAAGAAACGUUUGAGAGAUCUCUGAGUGCUGGUAGUGUCCAGUGUUCAUUUGAUUACAUAAACGCGUCUCAAGUCUCGGAGUAUUCUGAGUUUUUACGCUUCUUUGACAUGGAGUAUUCCUGGGAUUGUAGAAGCCAACAUUCUGUCGGUGAACUCUUCCAAAUCUCACAGUCGUCUCAACAAAUGCUUCAAUCUUGCUCAACUGCAAUUCCAGAUAGCACAAAUGAAAGCAUCUAUGACGUGAAGAGAAAGCGUAACAUUUUGAAAGAAAAACUCAUCAAGUGGAAAAUCAUGAAAGAAAGCCAAGUCAAACCUUCCCAACCUUCAAAUGUGCCACGCGUCACUAGAGUUGUCGAUGGGGAAAACCUUGUUGAAGUUUGCAAGUCAAAAGGCAAGUCGAUUCUAACGUUAUAG